AUGACAGAAAAUGCGAAAGAUAGACAAGAGAUAUGGCGUUUUCAUCUCCUCCUGUUUGAUAGACAAUCAAUCAGCUCAGCUAAUCAACACGUGCCAAAUGAAACGUCACGCGAGAAACAACGACUACAAUCACUUAUCCAAGAUCAUGGUUGUAAUAACUGGAGAUUAAUUGCACAGCAUAUGGAAACACGAGAUCAACGUCAAAUUCGUGAACAACGUAAAAUCACACCAUUUGAGUCUCGAAGAAUUCAAGAACUUCAUAGGCAACAUGGUCGUCAGUGGAAACAAAUUGCAACCUUUUUUCCCGGUUUCAGCCCCAUUAUGAUUCGUAACCAUUGGAAUAAUUUACAAAGAAAAAGAGUGAAUCAAAUUCGCUCGAUGAGAAUAAACCAACAACAACAAGCCCUUCCUUUGUUUGGUUGGAAUCAACAACAAACGAAUAUUAUCUCGCUUUUAAAUAAUCAGCAACAACAAAAUCCUCCUUCGGAAAUUAUUCGCAGAAAGAUGUCUAUUUCUUACUUGUUAAACCCAGUUCAGCAAUAA